CUGAUCGCCACCAUGUUCAACACGAUGAGGCCCCCUCGCUCCUCCCAUCAACAUCCCAUCCAUACUUUAAUUUGUUGGCUGACCUUACCUUUGCCUUGGCGUAUAUCCGUGAUGGAUCUAGGGUAUGGUGGACGACGCUUUCUUGUAGCUGCAGAGGAUGCGGGAGCAGGGCCGCGUAACCCCGGCCCAUGUCGUUGAGGUCAUGAACCACUUCCUCAACGAAGCCGAGAGGAUCAUCAAGGACAUCACCGGCCCGAUGAACAAGCCCGAGGUGGACUUUGACAAGGUGGACGGCCUCGUGCAGCAGCUCAAGGUGGCAUGCAGCAGUGUUGGUGCUAAGAGAUUGAACCUCUGCUGCGUGCAACACUUCAGUCCUGAGGCAAAAACCAAAGAAGGGUACCUCGCGGCACUGGGUCAUGUUAGGUUUCAGUUCUGCGAUUUGCGCAGCAUGUUCAAGAUCAUAAUGGAGCUGGAGCAGCACUUUGCGGCAUGUGGUCCUAAGUAGGAGUAAUUGAGGGGAAAAGGGCAUAGUACCAUGCGAUAUCUCGCAUGAUGGGGUGUAUGUAUCACUGAAGAUGUGUGCAGUUUUCAUUGGUUGUUUGGCUUUGGAGGGUGCGCUCGGAUAGAAGCAGAUUCUCGUCUCAGAAGUCCAGACUUGCAACCCUAUGAAAGAAACUUUUUAUGACUUGUGUCAUUGUGUCAACUCUAUACAUGUUUCU